AGCAGGCGUGUAAACACGAAACGUGACGCUUGUUUGUAAUUGUACUGUUUAUAACACAUUUGGGUAUAUCGUAUGUAUGUAUGUGUGUGUUGAGCGGCAUGAAUUUGUUUCUGCUUAAGCUGCCCUGUAAAAAGGAAUUCGAUGAGGUGAUAAAGAGUGUUGCAGAGAAAGUCUUGGUUCUGAGAUUCGGGAGAGAUGAAGAUUCCGUCUGUAUGGAGCUGGAUGAGAUUAUUCCAGUGCACUUAGACCCUCAAAAUGGUGAAAAUCUCCCAAAUGCUGCCCUGACACCUGAGGACAGUCCACCUUCACGAAGGUCACGGGGCAGUCAAUGGGCCUGGAGCUGAUCUCCCACUUGCGGCAGUGCCUCUGGAUCCACUCCUGCGUCUUCUUGUCCAACACCUGGUGACACAUAUUGUGGAGAGAGCCAAUAAAGGCCACCGCAUAACCUUGUUCUGAACCUCCCGUCGCCGAUGAAGCAGGAGGUCCACAAAGACCAAUCCCCCCAUACCCGUGGGCAAUCACAGCAACAUGCCUGGCCUCGCAUUUGGAAAACAAAAUGGUCCCAGAUGUACCCACAUGCUCUUCUGGAGUGCUGCUGCACCUUUUGGGGAUCCGGAAAAACUCUUUGCCUUUAGGAUCCACAGAGCUUGGAGAAUUUGUACUUGU